AUGACUGUUGUUCGUGAUCAAGAAGUCAAAGUCAACUUUGUGGAUGAACCAUCAGAUGCUGUAAAAGAUGAAGCAAACCUACUUCCAACAAAGGGUCCAAGGCACGAUCUGAUUUUAUUCCCAGAUAAUAUAAAGUUCAAAGCGAUCCGAUAUGAGGCUUUUAAGGAUUUGGCUCGUUAUUUACAACAAUAUCCUGUAGGAACUUUACGUCCAGCAAUACAGAAAGCAAUCGCUGACUCUACCGAUCACCACGAUAGUAACAACAUUACAAUGGAAUUGGUACCUGGGAGUGGCGAGCUGGUACAGAUCGAGUUGGUUCCAGAACCGAGUGCAGUUCUGGUCUGUGUUCAUGGAGCACGAGACUGUCGAUGUGGUGAACAAGGCGGCGAGCUUUAUCGGAUUUUGAAGGAUAUGGUUCAAGCAACUGGGUUGCAGAAUUCAAUUAAAGUGUAUGGAGUCAGUCAUAUUGGAGGACAUAAGUGGGCCCCUAACACUAUCAUGUAUCCCUUAGGGGAUUGGCAUGGAUAUGUGUCUGAACAAGAUUCAACGGAUGCUCAGCAGAUCUUGUUUGAUGCGUUGGCGAACGGGGGUAUUGCGGCAGAUGUAAGGGAGCAGAGACUGAAAGAAAGGGCGCCUAUCAUGAUUGAAAAAUGGAGAGGAAGGAUGGGUAUGACUAAAGAAGAACAAAUCAAGUUUUAUGAACACUGGUUGGAAAUGCGGAAACAACAAAAACAAGGGCUAACUGCCCGGAAUCAAAAUCAGGGACAACAACAGCCUCAAUCUCUAUUCUCUCUACCAGGAGAGGAUUUGUAUGAGGAUGAUGGUCUAAAGGAGCAACGUACAGCCUUAUCCGUCGAUUCAGAGAAGUCAAGCAAAUCAACAGUAACAGCACCAACAUCCACGACCGAAGAAGGUCAAAGAAUCAAGGUUAUCUUUGAGUCAUUCCAAAAAGUCCGAACAGAGAUCAAUGCUAAAGUUGGUGAGAGUAUUCUGGACAUUGUUAAGGACAAGGAUCCUAGCCGCCAUGAUAUUUAUCAGGCACUUGAAUGUACAUGUGGAGGCCAACUUGAGUGUGCAACUUGUCACGUGUAUAUCGAGCCACCAUUCAGCGCAAGACUACCAGUAGUAACAGAUGCAGAGGAGGAUAUGCUAGAGUAUGCGGUGGGUCGUAGAGAAACAUCUCGGCUAGGGUGUCAGAUUAAGAUCAAACCUGAAUUGGAUGGCAUGAUUGUGAAAUUGCCACAGUACUAA